AAAGAAAAGGAAGAGGGUGUAUGUAGCGAAAAAUAGAUGUUAGUAGCAUUGGUCCUACAACUUUUUGUUAGUGUUGGUCCGACUAGAACAGCUCAAAUCCCAUAGCCCAAUCAAACUCUGAAAACCGCUUCACCCGCAGGCAGUAUUGUUCCAAAAACUCAAAAAUGAAAAAUUCUAUUUUAUUUUUACUUUAAAAAAUAAAAUAAAAACUAUCAAGUGAGUAGUGAGUACUAGUGUUUGUCUUCCCUUCCCUCGUCCGAGGAAUAAGAAGAACAAGGACACAAAUACAACAUAGUUGAUGAAUGAAUGAACAAAUGAAUGAACGUUGCUGCUAUGCAUUUGGAAAACCUGUGAUAUGUAUCAUAGUGUCGCUGCACGGCGCCUACUAUACCGUUCUCAAAUAUCCUACUACGUCAAAGCUGGUCUCAUCGAUACUGCCAUCAAACUGUUCGACGAAAUGUCCCAAACAAAUUCUCGCCCUUUCAGCAUCGACUACAACCGUUUCAUCGGCGUUCUCAUCCGUCACUCUCAUCUCGACCUUGCCCAAUCCUAUUACCGCCGCCACGUCAUCCCCAACGGUUUCUCCCUCACCCCUUUCACCUAUUCCCGUUUCAUCGCCGCUCUCUGUUCCGUCAAAAACUUCUCCCUAAUCGAUUAUCUUCUCCGUGACAUGGACGCUUUAGGUUUUGUUCCUGAUAUUUGGGCUUUUAACAUUUACCUUAACCUUCUCUGCCGUGAAAAUCAACUAGAAACUGCUCUUCAAUUGUUUCGCACCAUGCCUUUGAAAGGAAGAGAGCCUGAUGUUGUUUCUUAUAACAUUAUCGUUAAUGCUUUGUGUAAGGCUAAAAGGGUUGACGAGGUUGCUCGUGUUUGGCGUAGUUUGAUUGAGAAAGGGUUGAAGCCUGAUUUUAAGGUUUGUGCUGCGCUUGUUGUUGGGUUGUGUAGUGCUGGCAAUGUUGAUUUGGCGUAUGAACUUAUUGUUGGUGUGAUUAAUGGUGGUGUUAAGGUUAAUUGUUUGGUUUAUAAUGCUUUGAUUAGUGGGUUUUGUAGGAUGGGUAGGAUUGAUAAGGCAUUGGCGAUUAAAGGGUUUAUGAGUAGGAAUGGCUGUGUGCCUGAUUUGGUUACUUAUAAUAUUUUGUUGAAUUAUUGUUGUGAUGAGGUUAUGCUUGAUGAGGUGGUGAAGUUGGUGGAGAGUAUGGAGAGGAGUGGUGUGGAGCCUGAUUUGUAUAGUUAUAAUGAGCUGCUCAAGGGUUUUUGUAAGGCUAAUCAGGUGGAUAGAGCUUAUUUGACUAUGGUUAAGAGGAUGCAAACUAAAGGGAUGUGUGAUGUUGUCUCUUACAAUACUAUAAUUGCGGCUUUUUGUAAGGCGCGGCGGAUUGAGAGAGGUUAUGAGUUGUUUGAGGAAAUGCGUAGGAAAGGGAUUCAACCGGAUGUGAUAACGUUCACUGUACUUAUAGAAGCGUUUUUUAAGGAAGGUGGUUCUGAUGUUGCCAAGAAGCUUCUUGAUCAAAUGACGACGAUGGGGAUUGUUCCCGAUUUAAUAUUCUAUACAACAAUAGUUGACCGGCUGUGCAAGGCCUGGAAGGUUGAUAUUGCUCAUGGUGUUUUUUGUGACAUGGUGGAGAAUGGAGUGAGUCCAGAUGUGGUCUCAUACAAUGCACUCAUAAAUGGGUUUUGCAAGGCUUCUAGAGUUAUGGAUGCCAUGUGUCUAUACGAUGAAAUGCAGGAUAAAGGAUUAUACCCGGACGGGGUCACUUUCAAGUUGAUAGUUGGAGGGCUCAUUAGGGAAAACAAGAUUUCAGAGGCAUGUAAGGUUUGGGAUCAGAUGAUGGAAAAAGGAUUCACUCUUGACAGACGUCUCUCUGAGACUCUAGUCAAUGCUAUGAAAUCAAGGGAUGGCACAUGAACAUUGCAUUGGUUUGCAUUUUGAUCCUCUUAAUUUCAUCACGCCUGUCUUUCAAAAGGACGAGCGACUUAAAUGUUUUUCUCCUAAGGUGUAGCAAACUGGUGAAGUUGCUUUCUUUCUGCAGGGCAGGCAAUGGCACUUGCAUAUCGGUAUAACCAUUUGCAUGCUGCUCAAGUGCUCAUGGUGCAAUCCCAUGCCUUUUUUAUGAUCAUACUUACAUUUGCAUUGUAUAAGACACUAAUUCCCUGCGCAGCUUCUGGUAGAGGUUCCGUAACAAGGACAAUCAUGUAAUGGUUUCUACUUGCCAAAGGAAGUGGUGUGCAAGUUUUGUUUCAUACUGUCAUCAGACUUUCAGCUGGCGGAUUGUUUUCGUCAAUACAAUAUACCCAUUAUACCCUUUGGCCAUUUUUAUACACAGAGUGCUAUUGAUUUGAAUCUCACACAGCACAAUUGAUAUCAGUAAUUGAUGAUUUGGUUGAAAUCAUUUCAGCUGCUUAUAUAAAUUAAGUUGCUGUUUCUUUGGAGUAAGAGUGAUUCUGAAUACUAUGGUUCAGACUUCAGAUUGACUUGUAUCCGGCCCAGUGUAGCAGACACUUCGAUCAUGAACUUUUUGUCAUUUUAUGGUUCUAUUCUACCAAUUAGAGUAUAAAGUCCUUCUUGGGAUAACAAUCUUUAAUAUUAUUGAGUAGAUAUUUUUUUGUUUCACCGGGACAAGGUUUAUGGUAUUACCAUACAUACCAUCUGUGAAUUGAUGUCUUGCAGAGCAGAUGCUUGACCAUGGAUAUAAAGCAUUCAUUGCAAACUGCAUCUUGUGGCCGACGUCCAAGGUUUCAUACCUCAAGCAUUAUGGAACAUUCAGUAACAGAUUGACGGGUUACUGUUUGUGUAUAUCUAGACUUAUAUUGCACAACCGAGAAUUACAAAAAUGCAAGAUCCACAGGGUAGCCUUGUUAGGUUUCAAAGUUCAUAUUUAUUAGAUUCUUGAAAAACUGUGAUGCUGGCACAAGUUGUGUAUGUCUUCUGAUUUUCACAGAUUUGAAUUAGAAUAGAAAUCAUAUGUAUUUGUUGGACUAUACUGUCAUAAGUUCCAACUUUUCUGACCAAUAUUAGGAUUGUUUUUGGUGAAUGUUGAUGCUUCUAUCUGUAUCUGCAGUACAGCACUUGAAGCUUCUCUAAUGAAAUGUCACCCUAAUCAUUCAUUUAUUUACACA